UUCCUGCGGUCACUGCUCUUGGAGAGCCCUUCAGCUGUCCGAUGAUGCCUUUUCAUUCUGCCAAGAAUCAAUUUAAAGAAAUCUGUGUCCUAGUGUUGGGAUUCAGUCAUUGAAUCCAAUCUUUGUGAGCUUUUUAAAGCUUUCACAGACCUUGCUAAUUAAUAUCCACAGUGUAUUUUAUUACUUUCGUAGAUUUUUUUUUUUUAAGAAGAUGUAAAGAAUUACUUAUUUCAAAAUUUCUUCACAUAUUCUUAAUUUUGAAGUGUUGCAACUUGUGAUCUGGCAGAAAGGAAAGAAUGCAAAGGACUUGGCUGUAAGAGCUGCUAGGAUUAAGGAGGCAUGAGCGGUAGUGCUGGAGAGCCACUCUCACAGAGCCAAGCACAUCGUACCAAACCGCAGGGUUUAUGGCAGCCUUCUUCGUGGGUAGUACACAAGCAACUAGCACAUACAGAGGAAGAGCUAUUUUUGAAAAAAGUAUGGUUUAGGCUUUGACACGUUAGCCAUGGAUGUAGCAGUUUCUCCCAUGAGGACACAAGAACUGGAUCCGAUGCCAUCCGAUGCCUCUCCCAUGCUCAUAAACAUGACUCCUACAGUGGAACAAGAAGGGGAAGGGGAUGUCAUGAAGGACCUUGACUCUGGCCAGCAGUAUGAAAAGCCCCCUCCUCUGCACACCGGGGCUGACUGGAAGAUUGUUCUCCACUUGCCAGAAAUUGAGACCUGGCUUCGGAUGACGUCUGAAAGGGUCCGGGACCUGACCUACUCUGUGCAGCAGGACUCGGACAGCAAGCACGUGGAUGUGCAUCUGGUACAGCUGAAGGAUAUUUGUGAAGAUAUAUCUGAUCAUGUUGAACAAAUACAUGCUCUACUAGAGACUGAGUUUUCCCUGAAGCUUCUGUCUUACUCUGUCAAUGUGAUAGUCGAUAUCCAUACAGUGCAACUGCUCUGGCACCAGCUACGUGUUUCUGUCCUGGUUCUGAGAGAACGUAUUCUCCAGGGACUACAGGACGCCAAUGGAAACUACACCAGGCAGACUGAUAUUCUGCAAGCAUUUUCUGAAGAGACUAAGGAGGAUCGUCUUGACUCUUUAACAGAAGUUGAUGAUUCUGGACAGUUAACCAUCAAAUGUUCUCAAAAUUACUUGUCCCUGGAUUGUGGUAUUACUGCAUUUGAACUAUCUGACUACAGUCCUAGUGAGGAUUUGCUUGGUGCUCUGGAUGAUAUGACCUCCAGUCAAGGGAAAGCAAAAUCAUUUGAAUCCUGGAACUACAGUGAGAUGGAUAAGGAAUUUCCAGGACUUAUCAAAAGCGUGGGUUUACUUGCAGUAGCAACAGAUUCCAUUGCUUCUCAGUGUAAUGAAGCUUUGAAGGAGAAAGAAAAUCAUGUACCUCUUUCAGCAGAAGAUGGAGAAGAAACCAAAGACAAGAAAGCAUCACAUGAUCUCUCACUAGCAUCUCCUUCUGGAAAUUCCUCUCCUUCUAAAGGACCUUUCUAUGAAAAUGGUGUUUUACCUAUUGACAGCAAAGCAGCUUCCAUAUCAAAGAAUCCAGAGUGCAAUCCUCCACAGCACACUGGUGAAAAUACCAAACACUCUCAUUGUGAAAAUUCAACACCUAAGAGGUCCAUAAGAGACUGCUUUAACUAUAAUGAAGACUCUCCUACGCAGCCGACAUUGCCAAAAAGAGGUCUGUUUCUGAAAGAUGAUGUGUUUAAAGAGUAUAUAGAAGCCAAUGAUUUAAAAAGGCAAAUGUCUCAAAUAGUGAAAAAUGAAAUGAGUAGAAGUACACCCUCAUUGUUAGAUCCGCCAGACAGGUCCAAGCUUUGCCUAGCUUUACAGCUGCCCUAUACUAACAGUCCAUCUGCAGUUAGUCAAUCAUAUGAUUGCUUAAAUACAAUAAGUGAUAAGAAUCUUGAGUACACAAUGAAUAAUCACUUCAAAGACAGUCCCAUAAUUCUAGGAAAGUGUACUUUCUACAACAGUAAAGAAAAAUCAAAGCACAAGAAGUCUCAUGAUUCUCCAGAGAAGGUGAAAACUGACAGAACACCUGGAAGUAUGUGUAAAACAGCUCCAUCAACCCAGGCCAAAAAAAGAGGGUGUUCUCUGCAGAAUGGAAUUACUUCUCAUAGCUCUAAGUCUCUGGACGAGACAGAAACAGAUUCUUCUGCAUCGUCAGAUUCUUGUAACCAUAGAGAUCCAAAUGGGCAAUCACAAGGUAAAACUGAGCCCCCGAGCUCACCAACACGUAGCCAAAACAGUGCUUCUUCAGCUGGUUCUGAGCUUUCCAGCUCAUCCCCUCUUCUACUGAGAAGAAAGAAAAAUAAAAGCUUAUCUUCAACACCACACUGUACUCAAAAAACCACUAAGGACAACGAGGUGUGGUAUGGAUCUGAUGAAUAUUUAGCACUUCCUUCACAUCUCAAACAGACUGAAGUAUUAGCUUUAAAACUUGAAAAUUUGACAAAGUUGCUGCCCCAAAAGCCCAGAAGAGAAACCAUUCAAAACAUUGAUGACUGGGAGCUGUCAGAAAUGAACUCAGAUUCAGAAAUGUAUCCAACAUACCAGACAAAAAAGCACAAAAAAAGGGGUAGAAUUUCACCAAGUUCUUCAAGUGAUAUAGUAUCCUCCUUGGGUGACAGUAUUGAAUCUGGGCCUCUCAGUGAUAUUCUCUCUGAUGAAGAUCUUUGUAUGCCUGUAUCUUGCAUUAAAAAAUACAUUGAAGAAAAGUCAGAAAGGACUGCUGCCACUCAGCCCACUGGAAAUGAGACCUCUUCUUCAAAUAAAUCAGCUUUAAUUCAUCAACUGAUGCAAGAUAUACAACAUCAAGAGAAUUAUGAAACCAUAUGGGAAAAAAUUGAGGGGUUUGUAAGCAAGCUGGAUGAAUUCAUUCACUGGCUAAAUGAAGCCAUGGAAACAACAGAGAACUGGACUCCUCCUAAAGCAGAGACAGACAGCCUGAAACUGUACCUGGAGACACACUUGAGUUUUAAGUUGAAUGUAGAUAGCCACUGUGCUUUGAAAGAAGCAGUGGUAGAGGAAGGACGCCAACUUCUUGAGCUUAUUGUAUCUCACAAAUCAGAAGGACUGAAGGACAUGCUGCAGAUGAUUGCAAGUCAAUGGAAGGAACUACAGAGGCAAAUCAAACGGCAACACAGCUGGAUUCUUAGGGCUCUGGAUAUCAUCAAAGCAGAGAUACUGGCUACUGAUGUGUCUGCAGAGAAUGAGGAAGGGACUGGGAGCCCUAAGGCUGAGGUUCAGCUAUGCUAUCUGGAAGCACAAAGAGAUGCUGUUGAACAGAUGUCCUUAAAACUGUACAGUGAGCAGUACAACAGUAGUAGCAAGCGAAAGGAAGAGUUUGCUGAUAUGUCAAAAGUUCACACAGUGGGAAGUAAUGGCCUUUUGGACUUUGAUUCAGAAUACCAGGAGCUCUGGGAUUGGCUGAUUGACAUGGAAUCCAUUGUGAUGGACAGCCAUGACCUGAUGAUGUCAGAGGAGCAGCAGCAGCAUCUUUACAAGAGAUACAAUGUAGAAAUGUCAAUCAGGCACCCAAAAAAGAUGGAACUGCUUAGUAAGGUUGAAGCUCUGAAGAAAAGUGGUGUUUUACUACCGAACGAUCUCCUUGAAAAAGUGGAUUCAAUUAAUGAAAAAUGGGAACUGCUUGGGAAAACCCUAGGAGAGAAGAUCCAAGACACAAUGGUAGGGCACAGUGGGUUAGGUCCACGUGACCUGCUCUCGCCUGAAAGCGGCAGCCUGGUAAGGCAGCUGGAGGUCAGGAUCAAAGAGCUGAAAGGGUGGCUGAGAGAUACAGAGCUUUUCAUCUUCAAUUCCUGUCUGAGACAAGAAAAUGAAGGAACAAUGAAUGCUGAGAAACAACUGCAAUAUUUUAAGUCUCUAUGCUCUGAGAUCAGGCAGAGGCGCCGUGGGGUAGCCUCUGUGCUGCGAUUAUGCCAGCACCUCCUGGAUGAUCAGGAGACCUGCAACCUAAAUGCAGACCACCAGUCCAUGCAGUUGAUAAUCGUAAACCUUGAGAGAAGGUGGGAAGCCAUUGUCAUGCAAGCUGUCCACUGGCAAACCAGGCUACAGAAGCAAUCAGAAAAAGACUCGAGGCUGAAUAUUGUUGGGUCUGUAACAGCCCAACAGGGAGUGAACCACAUUCCAACUGUUAUCUUAAAGAUUUUUUGCUCAGCCAGUGCUAUACCCAAUGCAAAUUAUGUGUUUAACCUCAAUGGAUUAUUCCAGCUGCUACAGAGGAUUCCAGUUUGUGUAUGUCGCCCAGAUCAGGAGCCUCUCAAUGUUAUUGAUCCCAGUUUGAUGGAUCUAAAUGGUCCAAGUGAAGAUGCACUAGAAUGGGAUGAAACUGACAUAAGUAAUAAGCUCAUCAGUAUUCAUGAAGACUUAAGUGAUCCUGAUCAGGAGCUCAACAAGGAUGAUCUAAACCAGAAACCUGCUUCAGAAGAAUGUGGUGAUAAUGAUGUGAAUGAGGAUGAAAGUAUCAGUAAUCAUGGAAUUCCUCUUUAUUGUCCCAACAUUACUUCCCCUCCAAAUCCUCACAUCUAUCAGGUCUAUAGUCUUCAUAAUAUUGAAUUAUCAGAAAAAAAACAUAUGCCUUUUUUGAAAAAAACAUCCAGACUCUCCAAUGUAAUGCAGUCUAACAUUUUAAACAAAAGUCUCAGUAAAGAUUCAUCGUUUUCAUCUACCAAAUCCCUGCCAGAUCUAAUAGGAGGUACCACAUUGGCAAAACCAUAUAACUGCAUGUAUCAGAGUGGGAACAUAAGCAGGCAUUCUGAGAGUGAGAGUGGGAUAGUGAGUGAAUGUGAUACAGAAACUACAAAUAAUUCAGAAAUUUUUUUGCUAAAUGAUAUUGAAAGCAGUCAGAGUAAUCCUGAAAUUGGGCAUGUGGAAAUCCAAGUGGAUAAUGUAAUAAAACCAAAACUAAAGCAAGAUGAUGAAGAAGAUCAUACUAGUCUUUCAGAUGAUUUCCAAUUGGCUCCUUCUGCAUGCUGUGGAAGUGAAAAUGAUGAGGAUUUGGACAAUAUUACUGUGUCUAACCCUGGUUGUCCAGAAGAAUUGCAAGGGAAACAUGAUGUGUUUACAUUUUAUGAUUACUCAUAUCUUCAAGGCUCCAAAUUCAAAUUACCAGUGAUAAUGAAACAAUCACAAAUUGAAAAAACACAUACAGAGGGUAGUUUGUUUCAUGACUUUUGUUUUGACAAAAUACCUGGUAAAUCCGAGCAUAAGUCUGGAGAGUCACAACCAGAUGGGUUUAUUCAUGAUCAUACUCUGGCAAGUGUCUGUGGAGAAUCAGAUCCCAAUUCUGGUAAAUCUACAGAAACUGUAAAAAAAUUACCUGUUACAGAGAAUACAAGACAGGUUGCCACUUUAUCUCAUAGUUCUUCUUUAGAAUCUCUGUCAGUAGUAGGUGAUUUGUUCAGCUCAGGUAUUUUUAAAAGUGGAGAUGGUCUUCAGCGAAGUGCCUCUUUGGAGAGCUGGCUGACUUCCUACAAAAGCAAUGAAGAUCUUUUCAGUCAUCAUGGCUCUGGAGACAUAAGUGCAAGCAGCGAUUCUGUUGGAGAGCUCAGUAAAAGGACAUUAGAUCUUUUGAAUCGCUUAGAGAAUAUCCAGAGUCCUUCAGAUCAAAAAAUAAAGCGCAGCAUCUCUGAUAUGACACUCCAAAGUAGCUCUCAAAAAAUGUCUUUUACUGGACAGCUGUCUCUAGAUAUUGCAUCUUCAAUCAAUGAAGAUUCAGCAGCUUCUCUCACUGAACUCAGCAGCAGUGAGGAUCUUUCUCUCUGCUCUGAAGACAUUGUACUACACAGAAAUAAAAUACCAGAUUCAAAUGCAUCAUUUAGAAAACAUCUUAAUAGAUCUGUAGCUGAUGAGAGUGAUGUCAAUGUCAGCAUGAUUGUUAAUGUCUCCUGCACCUCUGCUUGUACUGAUGAUGAAGAUGACAGUGAUUUGCUUUCAAGUUCCACCCUUACCUUAACUGAGGAAGAACUAGGUAUCAAAGAUGAAGAUGACGACUCCAGUAUAGCAACUGAUGAGGAUAUUUAUGAAGAAUGCAAUUUAAUUUCAGGACUUGAUUAUAUAAAAAACGAGCUCCAAACCUGGAUUAGACCAAAAUUUUCCUUGACAAGGGAGAAAAGAAAAAGUAACCUCAGUGAUGAAAUUCAGCGCAGUAAAGAAGUUCGUAAUGAGACAUCAAAAGCCACAGAUACAUUAAGCAUUGAAACACUACUAAAUGGUUCAGUGCAGAAAAUAUCGGAAAAUAAUGGCAAUAGUAAGAAUAUACCAUGUGAUCGUCAAAAAGGGACAAAGAGUCACCCAAUGAAAGAUAUCUCUCAGGUUGUGAAGGAUCAGCUUGUGGAUGAUAUGGAGAAUGGCAAUGUCGAAAAUACUCUUGGCAGUCAAAAGGAAGGUCUUGUUAGUGUCGCAGCAACCCCCAAAACUCAUGCAUCACUUGAUGUCAGAGAAGCUGAAAAUGAGUGUGGUGUCUGUGAAGCAUUUACAGACAGUUCAGAUGAUUCACAUAUGGAUGGCAAGGAGACUGUUCUUUCCUCAGAUGGAUCCAGGAACCCUCCAAGAGAAUGUCAAAGUCAUCUUCAGGCUGAUCAUCACUCUGUUGCUUCCUCUCCUGCAAAAAAGCCUUGCCUUGAAUCUUCCUCAGAAAUUAAUUCUGUAGGCAUACAAGACACAGCUUUACAGCCAUCCUUAUCUAGUGGUCAACAACACAGAAUAAACACUACUGAAAAAGUUCCUGAUUGCUGUGCAGCCUUGAAGUCCAAUGAAGCAGAAUGCAACUCAUCAGCCAAUGGUUUUGAUUUGUGCUGUAACUGUGAAUCUGCUGAUUUUGAUAAAAAAACCAUGGAAGAUGGCUCAGUACACAAUUUUGUGAGGGAGAUAAUAGACAUGGCAUCAACAGCUUUGAAAAGUAAGUCACAACCUGAAUGUGAGUCAUCUGCUCCAGCUUCAUUAGCACAGAUCAAGGAAAAAGUCUUAGAACACUCUCACAGACCCAUCCAGCUAAGGAAAGGAGACUUCUAUUCUUAUCUUUCACUUUCUUCUCAUGAUAGUGACUGUGGAGAGGUAAUCAAAUACAUAGAGGAAAAGAGCAGCACUCCUGUGCCACUGGACUUCACAGAUGAGAGAGAAGAUAUUGAAUGCUUCUUUGAAGCCUGUCCUGAGGAAGAACGGGUUGAGCAGCAGCAACAGGCUAUUUCUAAUGGUUCUUCUGAAGCACAAGUUGAGCCGCAGCAAACUAUUUCUAACCCUGUUUCUGAAACAUCUGCAGAGUCAUUAGGUGAAGUGACUCCAGAGUCAUUAGAAUUUAAAACUUCUUCUGAAGAUGGACGAAAUGAAAGUUUGGAAAAGAAUUCUCCAGAGGUUAGCACUAAAAAGAAUAGUGCAGGAAAAUCACCUGGAACAGAAGAUAAAAAAGGAUGUGUUGCUGCUUCUGAAGAGGCUUCAGCUAAAGAGCUUCAGAUAAAGCCUGACCAUUCACAGAAAAAGGAUGGUUUGCAUCAGAACAGAAAAACUCUUACUUGUGAAGAAACUCUCCUGAAACUUCAUAAGGAAAGACAUAUAAAUAUGCACAGAUAGAAUGUAACCCUCUCAAGGCACAUAGAUUAUUCUAAAAACAGAAACUUGGCUGCAAUUCAGGUGCAGGUUCAUCCUGUAAACCCUGGGAUGACCUCCAAUUCCAUUGUAUCACUGCCCUUCAUUAAACUGACUCCCAAGAUAAUUUUUUUUUCCAAAUGUGGUUUGUCCAUGUUGGCUUUGUGGUCAGGCUGCAUAUGCUAGUCCUAUUUCAGUGAUCAUUUUGUUUUGUAGCAAGGCCAUUUGCCUUCAUAUGGAUUCCUCUCCCAAGCUACCUCUAAGGAUCUCCCCUUCCUAAAUUGGAUGCUCCUGUACUACUUACCACUGGUUCUGUUCUUUAAAGUACUAUAGAAUUCACGGUCAGUCUAGUUCAUCUUUUCAGAAUUGUACCUGUCAGUACUCUUCUAUUUUAUGUAUCAAAUUUAAUAUUUAUCUGUAUAAUGCAUAAGUUUAUUGAAACUAUUUUUCUUUUAAAGUGACUAUUUUGUUGGAUUGCAGCAAAAAGAAGUCAUUGGUCCUCCUGAUUCAAUACAUCUAAAAAUUAAGCAAUUUAAAUAAAUGGCAUUUUCUUUAUUUAAUUUAAAAAUUUAAUCUAUGCAACACUUCAAGAAACAACUACAUAGUGUUGUAUAUUAGCAACUGUUGGCAUUCUACUGAAUUAAGUAUAACAUUUUGGGUUUUUAUGCUUCUUGAGGUGGUAAUGAGAAAAAAAGUUUUUAAAAAAUGUGUGCCUUGCUGUAUUUCUUAUACCAUUUAUUAAAAAGCUGCUUUCACAGUAAAAUUAUGUUGGUUUGAAAGGAGGAAAUAGCAAGGUUAAGAUGUGUGAAUAAUUUCUGUAUAUAUGUAUAACCAACUGCAAA